AUGAAAGACCAUAAUAAAUCAUUUGUUAUCGUUUUAAUAGUUUUAGUUGGUAUCUUUGUUGCUAUUACAGUCAAUGCUUUGAUCCGCGCCAAAAGUUGGACAAUAACCAAACCUUGGGAUACACAUGGUUUCUACUGUGGUUUUGACAAUUCAAAGCUUGUUGUUAAAGAUGCUCCGAAUGACUUUGUUAAGCCCAAUUUAGUUAACUAUCCAUACUUAUACUUCGAUGGUAACAAUAUUACUCAUCAAAUAUGUGUUUCAAAGUGUCCUACAGAAAAAGGUUUACCAGGACUUUUUGAUAAAAUACAUAUAGGGCAGAACAGAAUUGGUUCUUACCUUGAUAAUAAAACAUACAACGCAAAAUACUAUCCAGGUGCCAGAAAAGUUUAUAAAUACAAGACAAGAUUAGUGCUUAACAGAUGUAUUCCUGAUCUUACCAUUGGAGGAUAUAUGGAUUUAGCCUCUUCUUACAGUGAAGAUUUUGAGCAAAUUAGCAAAAUUAUUCCGAAAUACAAAGCAACAAUUGAUGAUUUACUUAAAAAUAAAUAUAUGUAUCUUGUAAGUUGUGCAAUCACACUCAUUAUAGGUUUUGUCUGGAUCAUGAUACAACAUGACAUUGUAGGUUAUGUUAUUAAAUUUUUCGUAGUGUUAGUACCAAUUUCUUUAAUUGGUGUUGGCCUUUUCUUAUUCUCACCAGUAGUAAUCAUGAGCCCAAUGAUUAGUCUUUUCCUCCUAUUAUUCUAUUCCCAAUUAAAAAUUAUCGCCGUAAUUGUUUGGGUCAUUGCAGCAUUAAUCAUUUGGUUCCUUGUUCGUAUUUGGAGGAAGCUGAAUUUAGCUAUAUCGCUCAUUAAUAUUGCCGCUGAUGCAUUUUACUAUAACUUCACAACAAUUAUCUUUCGAAUAUUAUCGACAUUUAUUUUCAUACUUGUCAGUUCCAUUGUUUUAGUUUCAUCAGUUGCUCUUUAUUCAAUAUAUGAAUUCAAGUACAAUAUUCCUGAUGAUGGUUUCUUUAAAGGUAUCGGACGAAUUACAUUUGAUUGGAAUAUUGUUACAUGCAUGUUGAUAUAUAAUUUUGUUUUUCUUGUUUUCAUUUAUAUUCUUCUUAAUCAGGUUAGUUAUUAUGCAACAAGUGCUGUAAUAGUUAAAUGGUAUUUCACAAAACAAAUAGGAAAUACACGUAAUGGACAUAUCAGUUUCCAUGGAAUUUGGCUUGCAUGGAAGAAAGGCUUAGGAACAAUUACUAUUUCUAGUUUGAUUCUGACAGCCUUACAUCGUUAUGUUAUGCAAGUUGUGAAACUUUUUAGAAAUAUAUCAUUAAUUGUUGGAUUACUCUUGAGAUUUAUUAAUUGGCUUUUGCAGUGUAGCUGUUUAUUACCAAUUCAGCAUAUAUUUAAUACUGGAUGGAUCCAAUCUGCAAAAUUGGAGCACGAUUUUCUUGUUUAUGAUUUUCUUUUUUCCAUUAUAAUGAGAGUCACUUCUAAUUUUAUAUUUUGGUUGUCAAGUCUUGCAAUUAGUUUAAUUUCUGGCUUUUUAAUGAGGUAUUUCGAAUAUAAGAUUUUGGGUGUACAAAAUCCUCAAAUAGAAAGGCUUUAUCUUUAUAGUAUUCUCAAUUAUUUUGUUUUGUCGUGUUUGACAUCAACAUUUUACAAUAUUAUUCAUUGCGUUUAUGCUUGUUACGAAUAUGAAAAAUCUAAUCCAGAAUAUAAAGAUUUCCUUAAUCAUAAGAUGGAGCAUAAGAUAACUCCUGAAAUAAAUGAGGCUCCCCAGAAUGCUGAUGCAAGUAUCAAAGAUUCAGAUGAAAAAUUGGAAGAUGAAACAAAAUUAAAAGAAGAAUAA